AUAUAACAAAUAAUGUGAGCCAAGGAACGCAAUGCCUCUAGACGAGAAUAACAACGAGAGCUAUAGAUGGUUGAGAAGUGUGGGUAACGACUGGCAGUUUCAUGUCGAGGAUCUACACCCAAAACAGCUCAGCCGGCUGUACAAGAGGUUCGACACCUUCGAUCUAGACAGUGACGGUCGUAUGGACAUGGACGAGGUCCUGUACUGGCCCGACAGAAUGAGGCAGUUGGUGAACGCUACUGACGAACAGGUCGAGAAGAUGAGGGCUGCUUGCUACACCUUCUUCCUCAACAAAGGAGUGGAUCCAGAAAAGGGACUUCUCAGAGACGACUGGGUUGAAGCUAACAGGGUCUUUGCUGAGGCUGAGAGAGAGAGGGAACGACGUGGUGAACCCUCCUUGAUUGGUCUUUUGUCAGACGCUUACUACGAUGUCCUGGAUGAUGACGGUGAUGGUACUGUUGAUGUUGAUGAACUAAAGACCAUGAUGAAGGCUUUUGAUGUGCCUCAGGAGGCUGCCUACACCUUCUUUGAGAAAGCUGACAUUGACAAGAGUGGAAGACUGGAGCGAAACGAACUGAUCCAUCUCUUCAGAAAGUUCUGGAUGGAGUCCUACGAUCCUCAGUGGGACGGUGUCUACGCUUACAAAUACUAAGCUUAUUCAUGAACUCGGAUAUCUAUUAAUUUGCCUGUAAAAUGUUUCAUAGUUUUGAAUUUUGGAAGUUUAUUUAAGCAGUGUAUUUGGUUGUUGUUAUAUUUAUGAAUUAUGGUUGCGCAUUUCA